UCUAGCCUCUCAUUUCAACUUCAUACAUAUAUGUUCUUUUUUUGAAACGCAAAGACCUUCAUGGAAUUUUGAUAUCAACAGAUGCUGAAUUUGGAGAAGAAUGGAGGAACUCAUUAAACCGCUUCAAGCUUUAGCAAUCUUCUUUAUUCUAAGCACAAUAACAUCGAGGGAUGGAGGUUCUGCCAGAGCUAAAAGUUUGUGGGGGAAGAAGGUUGACUUCAUGCAGAAAGAUUGCGGUUACUGGCUGUUGAGACCUGAGUACUCCAUCCCUUCUCUGGACCAGUUCAGCGUGUGUGUCAAUAUAAAAAGGAAGAUCAACAACUCCGAAUGGACCGCAUUCAUGUACCUGAACCCUAAUAAGACAGAGACAGUGCUCGCUGUGAGAGGUCAUGGGUCAGAACUCAACAUCUUGAUGUUCGGAAGAGUGUGGUACACAUCUCCUGUGGUAACCUUGGGAAACUGGCAUUCAAUCUGCGUUACCUGGUCCGGGUUAAUGUUGGCGCCAAACGUCUAUGUCAAUGGCACAGUUAUGUCUUUGACAUUUAAGUCUGAAGAUCCUAUGUACCCGAACUGCUGCAGGCUGGCCCCUAAUGGCACUCUAACUUUAGCUGUUGCUCACCAUUUUGUCAAGGAUAUGAUGGUCUUUGAGAAAGGCACUGAACUGAAAGGUAGUUUAAGUUUGUUCAGGUUGUGGGGAACGGUACGUACACAACAGCAAAUAUUGGACUUGGCCUGUAUUGAUGGUAAUAUACUGCACUGGGAGGCAAGAAUUUGGGACAAAGGCCAGGACUGUGUGCCUGUACAAGACCUUGCGUUACAGUGUGAUUGGACUUUUUAUGAGGUUGAAGUUACAAUUAUCAUUCUUCGCAAAGAUGGUAACAAAACGAACGAUUAUGAUGCUCGGGAUAUUUCACAUCAGUGGCUGGGAGCUGUUUUGCCAUCGCACAUAAGUCUGCAUAAAGUUUCAGUGUCUGCGUUGAGCUCUAACAAGCGCUCGAGUAGAAAUGCGGAGCAGGGCACAAAACAUCUGUGGUCCACCCAUCCCGGAAUCAGCCAGUUUGUUUGUAAGGCUAUUCUGAAUGUGUUUCCUGAUGCUGAUGUUGGAAAAAUGCAGGAUGAAGUGUUGGGUAUCUUGGAGAUGCCUUACAGUAAUGAAUACUGCUAUCUUAACACAGACCCUGAUUUCAUCUUCAUAUACCCUCUUGAGGAUCUCUGGCCAGACACAUCAUCAGCAGUCACUGGACAAACCACAACCUUUCAGGCACCGUCCACAACCGAUAGUGUUACUACUGAAAGAACAACAGCCACAAGCCCCAUGAUGAAAACAACUGUAACAGAAAGUUAUUCCACUAGCAAAGAAGCCUCGACAACAGUUUUGAUCUCCACAACAUCUAUAAAAACAACCUUUACAGCAUCUCCUAUGACAACUGAGGAAACAAGUGUAUCCUCAAUAUCAACAAUGUCAAGUUCAUACAUCACUACCACUGCACCAUAUACAGAAACCACUUUAGCCGACAGUUCCACCACAAUAGCAGAAGUUUUAUCUUCCACAACCAGUCAAAUAUUAACAGUAACCCCAUGCCCUUUACUAAUUUCAACUGUUGGAGCAAAAUCAGACAGCUUUUUCAAAGUUGCCCUCACGGUGAAUAUCACUGGAUUCAACUAUAAUCCUGAAAAAAUCAUUCAAUCCUGGCUUAACAAAAGUUUCUCUUGUGAAGAUAUAUCUGUUCUGAACUUUAAACUCUCAUCCACCAGGACACAUGAACAACCAAAAAGCGUGGAAGAAUAUACAAAAUCAUCCAGAGCAGUGGAGGAGCAUUUCCCGUUCUCAGUAACCAGCUGCACCUUUCAAACUAAGGUAACAACCUCCUUGAACAACGAAGAGACAAAAGAGCAGAUUCAAAAGCUUUUGGACCAACCUUACAUCAGUGGAGCAAUAUAUCUGGAUGCUCGACCCGAGGACAUUUUAAUCUAUCCUAUUGACCCAGGGUCUUGUCCUGGACACAGACAUCACACCAGACAGGGGCUUUUUACCUGGCCGGAAACUGCAGCUGAGCGCACGGCUGAACAUUCAUGCAGGGGAAAUCCUGGAAAGAAGGCUUACAGAAAAUGCAUGCUGGAUGCAGUUUCCAACAAAGCUCUUUGGAGAACUCCAGACUUGAUGCUGUGUCAUGUGGUGGUCAACAGUAUGUCAGAUCUAGAAGACAUUACAAUUACUGCAGACAACGCAGAAGAUAUUCUCAUUAUGAUCGAAGACAUACUGCAUGAGAACACAGUUCUGAAUGAGCUUGAGAUCGAAACCGUGCUGAAAAAACUGUCUGAUGUGAUAAAUGUCAGUGUCAUCACUCAGCAAUUGGGAGAGGUCAUUAUAAACAUCACAUCUGACAUACUGGAGUCUGAAAGCAACCUGCUUCCUUUCACCAACAGUAUUCUGAACAUCACAGAGGCAGUUGGAGACCAGAUGUUCGGUUUCACCGGCCAGUCCAGCAGUUUAGUAGCUCCUGCCUUGGCAAUAUCAGUGGUCAAUAUUGACCCAACAAAUUUCCACAACCUCACAUUCGGAGUUUCAUCUACUAACAAAGGCAGUUACACUGAGAUUUAUAUCAACAAGGACCCUUUUGAUGGUACAGUGGCCUUCAUCUUGCUACCCUCUGUAAUACAAGAAAACUUUCCUAUCCUUAAUCACACCAGCCCUCGCAUUCAGUUUCAGUUUUAUGGCGUUCCAACUCUCUUUCAGACUAAGGGUGACGCAGAAGGAAAACAACUGAACACUUAUGUUGUGUCUGCAAGUGUAACUAAUUCUACGGGUACCAUCCAAAACUUGAAGGAGUAUGUUGUUGUUACUCUGCACCAUUUAAAGGCCAAGACACAUGACCAGGAUGUGCAGUGUGUAUACUGGGAUUUCAAUAAGAAUGAUGGAUAUGGUGGAUGGAAUCCAAACGGAUGCUGGACAUAUAAUGUCAGCAAAGAUUACACAACCUGCCUGUGUGACCACCUGACUCAUUUUGGAGUUCUGCUGGAUGUGUCCAGAACUCCCAUUGAUGAGAAGAAUGAAAAGAUCCUAACUCUCAUUACUUACAUGGGCUGUGGUGUGUCUUCUUGUUUUCUGGGGAUCACAGUGCUAACAUACAGUCUCUUAGAGAAACUGAGAAGAGACUACCCAUCCAAGAUUCUGUUAAACCUGUGUCUCGCUUUACUCGGACUCAACAUGAUAUUCCUGCUGAACUCCUGGAUCUCAUCUUUUGGGAUCUAUGGCCUCUGCAUUGCUGUGGCAAUGACUUUACACUAUUUCUUAUUGUCAUCCUUUACAUGGAUGGGCCUGGGAGCUGUAAAUAUGUACUUGGCUUUGGUCAAAGUAUUUAAUGUGUAUGUGCCCUCAUACAUCUUGAAAUUCUGCUUUCUUGGAUGGGGUAUUCCACUAAUAAUAUGUGGCUUGAUACUGGCUGUGAAGAGAGAUGCAUAUGGAAUGAUCACUUCCAGUGAUUCCCAAAUGACAUUGGAUGAUUCAGAUAUGUUUUGCUGGGUGCAAAAUGACAUUGUGUUUUACGUGUCGGUGGUGAGCUACAUAGCCCUCAUACUCCUAUGCAACAGCGCUAUCUUCUUAGUGGUUCUGAUCCAGAUACGAAACAUGCAGGUCAAUCAGCCCGCCGGGACUCGGAGUGGUCUCUCGAAAGACCUGCGUGCAGUCGCAAGCCUCACCUUUCUGCUGGGUCUCACCUGGGCUCUGGCAUUUCUUGCAUGGGGUCCUGUCAAAGUGUUUCUUCUCUACCUGUUCGCCAUACUCAAUAGCCUUCAAGGAUUCUUUAUAUUUGUGUUCCACUGCCUCAUGAAGGAAAAUGUACGUAAGCAAUGGAGAGUGCAUCUAUGCUGUGGGGUUUUCAAGCUGCAAGACUACUCUGAAUGGACUCAAACAGCAAUGGAGGUUACCAAGCCUAAACCCACUCCACCAAAUAAGUUCCCUUUUAUUGCAUCUGUGAGAUCCAUCAAGUCUAAUUCAACCCAGAGCUCAUCGGUUUCCUCAGAAUACAGCCAACAUCAAGCGUCUAUCACAGGACCCAACAUGGAUUUUGUAUAUGACAACAGUUUGGUAAUACCAAGGGCCAGGACAGGACUGAUGCAUCCAGCCACAGGAAGUGGACAUGAUUUGUUCCCAAAGCUGACAAAGGAUGGCUUAGACAUAGACAUUUAUAAUAAAUAAUGUUGAUUGUGUGUGUUAUCUACUACUCUUUUUAGAUAACUUUCAGUUUUAAAAUAUAACCUGGAUUUUUAAAGAGAAAUGAAUAUCAUGUUAUGGAAAGUAACAAAUAAGCCAAAUUUUGCAUCAUGUAAGGGAAAUAUCUA